AUGACAGACCCAAAUUGGGGUUGGAAUGAUGAUAGUAAUUAUAGUGGUGGUUAUAAUACUAACCAACAUUGGCAGCAAACGCAAAAACCGUGGAGAAAUCAAGGAAGUUAUAGCAAUCAACCCGCAGCGGCAGUACCGGAUACGAUUUAUAAUGAAUACUAUAAUCGUCAAGCAACCGUUUCUCCAGUACCAAUGGGAACUAAUUCCCAAGCAAAUCACAUGCAGUCAUUCGGAAUGGGAUCAAAUUCGUACGGUGUUGGAAAUUUACCAUCAUUUUCUGAUCAGUUCAUGUCAGACCCGAUGUUAAAUGCUGCAAGACAAAUUGGUAGCAAUUUCGCUGUACAGCAGAAGGAAAAGUUGACCAAGUAUUUGUCUGCAUUUCAUCUGAAAUAUUAUUUUGCUGUGGAUAAUACAUACGUUGGCAAAAAAUUGGGUCUUAUAUUAUUUCCUUUCCUGCAUCGAGAUUGGACGGUCAAGUAUGAUUCUACUGAUUCUCCAGUACCCCCACGAUCAGAUGUCAAUGCACCUGAUUUAUAUAUCCCGUUAAUGGCUUAUGUGACUUAUAUUCUUAUCUCUGGAUUUGUAUUAGGGACACAAAAGAGAUUUACACCUGAACAGUUGGGCAUCAUCACAACAAAUGCAUUAGCGUAUCUUAUUUUCGAGAACUUGAUGAUAAUAAUAACGAGGUAUAUUAUGAACAUAUCGCAAUCGCUCACGUUCUGGCAUUCACUUGCCUAUAGUAGCUAUAAAUUCGUUGGGAUGAAUGUCUGCUUGUUGGUUUUUGUGUUAGGUGGUAAAUCGGUGUAUUACUGGGUUUUAGCUUAUAUGUCAUUUGCAGUUGUUUUCUUUUUGCUACGAACAGUGAAAACAUUUUUAAUGGAUGUACAAAAUACGUAUAAUGAGUAUGGUGGUAAAAAGCGUAAAAUAUAUUUGAUGCUAUUUAUAGCAUUUACACAGCCAUUUCUAAUGUGGUGGUUGACCAGUUCUGUGACCAGCUACACACGUGGUAAAAUGGAUCUAGCCCAGUUUGCUCUGUCGGGUAUAGGAUUCACUGAAGCAGUGAGCAAAGGACAACUACCAUUGUUGCCAAGUGGUGAAGUGGAUUAUGAAGCAUUAUUAAAAAUGCCUUAA